UCAAAUAAACAAAAACAAUAAUAAACACUAGUAUUCUGAAAGUUUUGUGCAUAUUUUGCAGUAGAUUUCAAAUGAAAUUGGUUUAAUAAUAAAUUAAAAAGUGCAGAGGAAAGUUUCCCCACAAGCCACAUCUUUGAAUCUACCACAAAAUCGAUAAAAAGAACUGCACCCAGUUUCUAGAACAUUUGCUCGUUGAAAUGCCACAAGAAAUCAAACGGGAACGCAAAGGUACCCAGAUGCAUUCGAAAAGAAGUCACUGGAAUGAAGUCCCCUUGUCGCCGUGCCCGAUUCCGGACAUAAGCGACGACGAGUUGGUUUCGAUCUCGGUGCGGGAUCUCAACCGGACACUAAAACUGCGCGGUCUCACCAGGGAUGAAAUCGUACGGAUGAAACAGCGUCGUAGGACGCUGAAAAACCGAGGCUACGCCGCCAGCUGUCGCAUCAAACGGAUCGAGCAGAAGGAUGAAUUAGAAACGGAGAAAUCCCAGGAAUGGCGUGACAUGGAGGACAUGCAUGAUCAGAACACAAAAAUACAGGAAGAGGUGGAAACGAUGCGCAGCAAGUACGAGGCUCUGAGGAAAUUUGCAAUCAGCAACAAAAUUCCGCUGCCUCCAGAGUUGGAUGUUUUGUAAAUUGUAUAACUAUAUAAAUUAUUCCAGUACCUACAUAUAUGUAAAUUGUAUAUAUAAGAAUAUACAGUGUGUUUAGUUCAAGGUUUGUGGUAAAAGGAUAAUUUUUAAUAGGUACUGCUUUGGCAUGGUAGCAUCUGUUAGACCGAAAACCAUGUUAAAAUC